AUUCAAAGAAAGAUAGCCACCACCACAGAAGAUAUCCCAUUGAUAUCUCCAGUACCAGAGUCGCCACCAUAGCCAUCACCAUCGCCUCCAACUUCUUCUGGGCGCUCGUUGUCACUACUGUGGUCGCGAUAACUUCAGUCCCAAGUCUUAGUCGCGGUGCUUGACGCAAUGUACGAAACGAUAAAGACCAAGACGGAGACGAUAUACGAUCAAACUGAAAGAAAUGCUAACAUCGUUAAGUCUUUCGUGUUUCGUCUCGCAAUUACGACCAGCAACACAGCGGCGGAGAGAAGGCCACUACUGACCUACUAAGUGAAAAGCCAGCCUCACUUUUUCUUCCACAAAAUAACAAGAAUACAACAGUUAAGCGUUUCGCGUUUAGCAGUUGACGCGACGAGAAGACAUUGUCAUUAAUGUGCGCUCAUAUCUACUGCAUUUCUUUAAAAAGUUUUCUUUCGCCCGGUCGUAUCUAUCGCGUGUUGAUUUUACCCGAGAAACUAUAAGUAACAAUUAUCUGUUUUCCUCGUUCAUUACGUGUGAAAUUGAUAUUUAAUAGGCUUUUGAACGCAAAAAAUAGUUUGAGAAAAUUAUUAUAAUGGUUCAGGAAGAGUGAUUGUUGAAUGCGGUGUGUUUUUGCACUAUCGCAUUUCAAAAAUAGUGUUCGAGAAAAAGUGGAUUGUGGGUGCGAUCUUAAUCUAUCCAUUGAGAAAGUGCCAAUACUAUGGUCAGAUGUUAUACACAUUUAGCUUGUUUCGCGAAAAUUUACUUUGAAUUAACAAACGAAAGUUUAUGGAAAGGCAAGAUUUGAGUGAGCUGAAUUCAUUAGUUGCCGGCGUUUUAUUACUGUUUAAUUUGCUUGUGUAAAAGUGAAUUUUUUUUAUUGUCAAGUGAAUAUCAUAUUAUAUCUACGAAAUGGAUUGCAAGAGACACUUGAUUUAUAUAAUAUGGCUCUACAUACUGAUCACAAUUAUACCGCCGAUAGACAGUAUUGGUUUCGAUUCAGCCACAUCCUGCAGCCCGAAAACAUCACGAAAAGGACGUGCACAGCUUCUGGCCUCAAUUCCAUGCGACUUGAGAGAGCAAGCUUACUGUAACUUGCCAGGGCCUGCAUACCCUUGGCAUGCCGUUCGAAGAUUCGUUCAUGAGAAUCAAGGACUUAUGAAACGAAUGUAUGGUGACGUCCGCCACAUAUCAAUCCUACGAAACGAGAUUCAGAAUAACGAUAUUGAUGUCGAAGAUAUUGAAGAAACUGCAGCACGAUAUUCUCGUGAUGGAUCACGCCGACGCGCAAAAUUACUACACACCGACUUUCAAAAUAUUAGAACCAAUGAUGUCCUCACCGAACCACACUUUCGUCCUGCAUCGAGUACAACCAGCACAACAACAACUACAACAACUGUAAGUCCUCCUACUGUUGAAACAGGAGCAACAACGGUGAAGCAGAAUGAAACAAACAUAGUUAAUCCCACCAUGGCCGAAAUAGAUCCUGAUAACAAUAUUGAAUCGAAUAGUAUCCUAGAUACGAGUACAUCGAAUCCGGGGAUAGAUAAUAUCAAAGUCGUACCUUCUCCUAAUCUUAGUCAGAACAAAACAGAAACAGCAACAAUAUCAACAACUCUAAGAGUUGUUCAACAAAUUAUUAAAUCUGAAAUCGAUUCUGAACAAAAUACUGAAAAAGAUGUAAUACCUGGAACGGACACAGUACAAAAUGUCGAAGAGCGGGUAGACGUUACUUCGACUGUUAGUUUCAAGGAGCCGGUUAUAAGUUUGAAGAGUGCUGCGAAUAGUACAAAAACGAAGACGAGUGAAGCAGAUCCAAAUGCAUUGAUUGAAGAAAUUAAUAAAGUAAACGAGAAUUUCAUGGAUAAAAAGAAGCGACCGGCAAAUCAGAAUAUGGAAGGUCAACUGUUUCAAGAUACAGUUGACAAAGAUACAGUACAAGUGGGUAAUGCGCGUGGAGUAAAUGCAUGCCCAGUGAAGGAGGAAGUCGUUGCACCAUUCUGGGCUAACAACACCAGAGGGGAGGUCCUAGCCCUCCUGAAUCUCUACCCAUUCGAGCAGUACGUCCACUGGGAGAAAUGUACCCAUGAGCAUAAGCAAAUGUAUUGCCGCGACGGUUGUAGAUGCGAACAGCAGUAUCGAUUGCAUCGGCUCCUGGCCUACGACCCACACAACGAAUGCAGAGGUAUCUUUUCGGACUGGUUCCGCUUUCCUUCAUGCUGCAUAUGCAAAUGUUAUGAUAUUCCACUGGAAUUUCGAUCGACGUCCCGAAGUCCGAGGACAUCAAUUCAGGACCAAGAUACAAAAGCCCGCCAGCAGAGGCAUCCUAUCGAUGCGGCUGAGGAUGAGGUGCAGCGUGCCAUCUACGAACAUGCUACCGAGGAUUGGUAUCGACCUAGGGAUGAAUUCGACUUGUACGAUGACUAGUUAGGAAUUGUUCAUGUAUUUAUAUAUUUAUUCAGAUUUGAAUUAAGUGUGACAAUUGUAUUAUUUAUAGAGAAGAAAAACAAAUUUCAUUGUUGAAAAAUUGUGCUAGUCGUUGUGUUGAGAAUGAGUGUUCUUGUGUAAAUAUGUAAUCUGAAUUUGCAUUCCUUCCAUCACAGAAAUAUUUUUUGUUAUUGUUUGUUUUGUAAUU